AUGAAAUGGACUGUCAAAUCAAGAAAUUUGACUAGCGGAAAAAUUGAAAUAUAUGCUAGUGAUUUCUUGAUUUUGGCUACUGUAGAAAAUAAUGAAGGUUAUAUUCCAAAUAUGAUAGGAAUAGAAAAUUUCAAAGGCGAAAUAAUCCAUUCAAGUGAUUACAGAUCUGGUGAAAAAUAUAAGGAUAAAAAGGUAUUGGUCGUUGGAUCAGGAAAUUCUGGAAUGGAAAUAGCUUUUGAUCUUUCAAAUUAUGAAAGUCAGACGUCAUUUUUUGUUAGAAGUCGAAUUCAUGUUCUAACAAAGGAUAUGGUGUAUACUGCAAUGUUGUUGCCAAAAUAUUUACCAAUAUCUUUGGUUGAUACUGUAACUACAAAGUGCACAAAAUUUAAAUUUGGAAAUUUUGAAGAAUUAGGAAUACCACAACCAGAAGAAGGCCCAUUUUCUGUUAAAAGAUCAAAAGGUAGAUCCACAGUAAUUGAUGUUGGUGUCAUUGACAACAUUAAACUUGGACAGAUUAAGGAACAUACAGUAGUGUUUGACAAUGGAAAUGAACAUCAAUUUGAUGCAAUCAUUUUUGCUACUGGAUACAAGAAUAUUGCUACCCAAUGGCUAAAGGAUUAUAGCUGA